CCCGGAUGAAACUGUCAUGGCCGCUGUAAGUGACCUGCAAAGCUAGCAAGGAAGGAAAGACUGGGGAGUAGCUGAGAGGAAACUGGAUGUUUCCAGUGUCCAAAAAAGGAAAACAUAAAAAUACCUGGAAACUAAACAUGGAAGCUGACAACAAGACAGACCCAGGAAAUAAUGAAACAAACACUGCUGCAACACAAAACUCUGAAAAUGGAGAGAAAGCUGAAGAGAGAAGUGCCGCUUCACACUCGCAGCCGCCAGGAGCUGCAGCGAAACAGCAGCAGCACUGUCAACCUGCGCGGAAAUAUCUUAAAGUUGUACUACCAAGAAUAAGUACAAUGGAUCAAAGUCUUUGUCAAGAAACGAGCGAAGCAUCUGACAAACCAAGAGGCAGAGAGCAGACAGCAAGAAAAUCUUUAAGGAAUACAUCUGGAAAGGAAAGCCAAGUCACAGAAACCUGCAACGCACAGCAUUUAGAACCUAAAAAACCCAGAGAAGAGGCGAAGGUUCACCCCAAAAUACUACGUUUCAGGUGUUCUUUAUGCAAGAGUGAUGUUCGGUUUAGUCCAAAUGACUUCUUGAAACAUUACCAAGUAGAGCAUGAAGGAUAUACGCCUAUCUAUCCUUGCAACAUGUGCAACUAUUCCACUUACGACUUUCAAAUACUUCAGCAACAUCGGCUGACACACCGUGAUACUAUGGUCAGAUGUGAUGUUUGUAAUGAUGGUGUUCAUUACCCUUUACUGCAGCUUACUCGACACUUCAAUAUUGAACACAGUGUAAAUGGCCAUUUCAGUUGUGAAAAGUGCAAGUUUUCUACAAAAGAUGUGGGAACCUUUGUUCAGCACAUACAUAGGCAUAAUGAAAUUCAGUACAAGUGUGACAGAUGCUCGCAUGUGAGUUAUUCAAAAGGCGAGUUUCAGAGACAUCUUUUAGUUCAUACUUGCUCAUAUCCAUUUUACUGUCAGUUUUGUGACUAUGGGGCAGUACGUAAAGACUAUAUUUUAAAGCAUAUGACAGCUUUGCAUAGUGAUCAAAUUGAAAAAAAGUGCAAGUGGAAGGAAAAUGGAGAUGGCACCAAAAAAUUGGCAAAUACUUCAACAGGGUUGAUGCCUUUAUUGUCUAGGAAAGCAAUUGGAACAUCAAGGGAAGCAAACUGGGAGACCAAAGCACUGCAUUCUCUAAGAAGAGGCAUUCUAGAUGAAUGUGGAAGACUGUCUAGCCCAGAACAGACUUUACAAGAGACGCAACAUUUUUUGGAGAGAACUGUGGUUAAUGAAAAAGACAGUGUUCAACAAAGGCUUGUAACAAAAAGGAAUGAUCAACAUCACACACGCCCAGUACCUAAACCCCUGCCUAGUCCUUCACAGUUCGAAAGAGUUUCCAAUUCUAAUGGAAGUUUCAUAAAAACAGGCAUCAAUGAAUCAUCUCUGCUAAUGGUGAAAAAUAAAAUAUCGAUUCCACCAAAUUGUACCACUAAAUUUAUGGGGUUCAAGAUGGUAGAUGGAAAACGCCAUCUUGUGCUCAAGGUAAUACCAGCAUCUAAGGCAGACUCUUCUACCCCAAAAUUGCAGUCUUCCUCUGAAAGUGAUGCAAAUAGCCAUUUGCAAGAGAAAACCUCUGAAGAAACAGAACAACAAAUUGGAGUGCAAAAUGAAGUGCAAGGAAACAGCAAUCCAACUGCUGAAAAUUGUGAGUCUGCAGCAUCUAAAAUUACUUCUCUGUCUGGUUCAUUAUCUGGGUGUUUAGAGACUCUGGAAUCAGGGAGUACCCCAGGAAAUGUUACAGUAAAUGUAGUUUCAGAUCAUGCAGAAAAUGAAGUGCAAGUCCCAAGUCAGAGUUUCUCCUCAGAAGUAUGUACAGACAUGGAUGCAACAGUGCAAGCUGGGAAUAAUACAUGUUCUGGAAGUGACAUUUCUGCUCAGGAGAUUGACCAACCAUCCUCUGCUGCUCUGCUAUCAAAUGAAACAGAGCAGGAACAGGAAAGAGUGCUUUCUAAACACAAACAGUUGUCAGAAGGUUCUUUGGAAAACAUUGUGAAAGAGCAUGAAAAUAAAUCCCUUCAGAAUUUUCCAAGCCAAGAAGUUUUCAGUUUCCACAACUACUCCAAAGAUAUAGGUAGGGCUUCCAGUGAGUUUUCUGAAAUAGCUCCAGAUGAAGAUGAAGGUGAAGAUGAGAGUUCAGAGCUUCAGAAGUUGCAUGAUGAUGAUGAUGAUGAUUUUCAAGAUAGGAAAAAAUUACCUUCUGGGAACACAAUAGCUGGGGACUUGGUUCCACAGGUCUGUGAUGUAAAUAAUGAGGUUGUCAUUGAAGAUGUUGAACAGGCGUCUACCAAUGCAGAACAGUCGUCUGUCGAAAAUAAAUCGGAGAAUGAAAAAGAAGUAGACAAAGCUAUUCUGACUGCAGCAGAGAAUUCUGAACAGCAUGCUGAUGCUUUGGGUGAAACUCCAGAUGAUGUAGAUUCAGCUUUAAUGCCAAAAGUGACAUCACUGUUCUCCUUUAAAAGUAAAAGUGAUGCAAGCCAUUCAGAUCUCAACGUUAACGAUCACCCAGAGCAAGAACUUGAAACUGAGAAGAAGAAAUCUGAUUAUUUGGCUAAAGGCAUUUCUGAAGGCGAAAGCUGUUGUGGAAAUAAGUCUACACCAAUAGCUGAAGUGCUAGGUCAGAUUCUCAAAAAGCAUUCCGAUGCAAUAAUAAAUCAGCAAUUGGUAAAGGAGAGGAUGUGCACAUCCAGUCAAGGACCUCUGAACCUGUCUGCUGGAACUAUGAGGAUCCUUCAGCCAUCAAACCUAACAGAGGGAAACAAACAUGUUUUACUUCAGUCUCCGCAGAAUGGACUUUUAUUACCACUGCAACUGGGAAGCCAAUCAGGAUUGCAGGUACUUACAAGUGUUUCAGUUCCUCAGAUAAAUGUAACUUCUGUGCACACUGGAAACAAACAACCUGAUAAACAAAAUGGUUUGUCCUUUACUAUAAGUAAUGGAAGAAUUGGGGCAGUCACCAAGAUUGUGGGUGAUAGCAGUUCUCUGCUGUUAGGUUGCAGGGCAGCUAAUGUUGAUGGAAAUAAUGUGCUGUCUAAGUCUGGACUACAAAUUGGAAAUUCUGUUAGUCCCAACACAGGUCAUAUUCUUGUGAACGGAAUGCCUCUUCAAGGCUCUUUAAUCUUGUCAAAUUCCUUCCCAUCAAUUGCUGGAGAAAAGUCUACAAACUUCCCAACAUGUUUCUUCAUCAAGAAACCACCACCAGAGGGUAUGUAUAUUUCAGGCCACAACAGUUCCUCUGUUGGCCAUUGUUCUCAAGUUCAACAGACAAGUCUCGCCACACCAGUAACAAUUAAUCCCAUUGGAAAUCCUACUGUUUUAUCUGGCGGACGUCAAGCGUUUUUAGUCAAGCGAAUAACUCCAGUUAAACAAAGCAUACUUUUGAACAGUCAAAUGGAAAGAAGAGUUGAUCAGGAUUCACCAGUCAAAAAAGGUGGAGAUGAUGCACAGAAUUUCUUAUUAAAGAUUGUUAGAAGGCCUGCUGAUCAGAAACCAGUUGGUAGCAGUGGUGAUCCAUUGAAACGAGACGUUUCGGCUUUCACUGCAGACGAGUCUCGGGCUGUUCUUCGAACUGUUACAGAGGUGCAGCAGCAAAUAUUUCUGGCAAGUGGUGCUUUACAAUCACCGUAUAUACUGAUGUCAUCAAAUCAGUCCUUUGCAAACUUCUCCAUGAGUAGUAUUUCAUCAGGGUCUUUGAAUGAUUCUACAAGAGCAUCGAUGUCUACAGUUGGACAAUUGUUUAGAGGUUCAUCCCUGGCCAAUAUUCAAGCCAGUGGAACUGAAAUAAACAAGUCUGCUGUGAUUAGUAAAAGCAGCAAGUUCCAGAAAGAAUGUCCACGACCAAAACAAAUUUUCCCAAAAGCCAACAGAAAGAGGCAAAGGAAACUGACACCUAAGGAAGAUUGCGAAGACCCACCAAAGGCAAAGAGAGCAUUAAACACAAAAUGGAAAGAAAAUGAAAAAGAUGAAGAUAUAAUGCACAACACUAGCAAAACAGUGCCAAAGGACAUUGAAAGGACAUUGAGGCUUGCUCCCUUUAGUCCUUCACAGCUCAUAAAAUGCCCACGAAGAAACCAGCCAGUAGUUGUUCUUAAUCACCCAGACGCAGAUGUCCCUGAAGUAGUUAAUGUAAUGCGGACAAUUAACAAGUUUAAAGGACAUGUAUUAAAGGUAGCAUUAUCGCAAAGAACAAUAGCUGCUCUUUCUGAACUGGAAUGCGACUCUCAUCCUCAGGCAACAUCACAGGACUUCAGGUCAAUUCGAGGUCGGAAGGUUAAGCCUGUAAGUCCUGUGAAGGAGAGAUACAUUCUGAAAUUAAAACUUAAAAAAACUAGUAGGAAUAAAUAUAAAGUAGUGAACUCUACCUCCAACAAUUGUGUGAAAUCUACCUUUAGCUGUUGGUUUUGUGGCAGACUUUUUACAAACCAGGAGGACUGGAUAGGGCACGGCCAGCGGCAUCUCAUGGAUGCGACCAGAGACUGGAACAAAUUGUUUUAAACCAACAAGAGCAAUGAGGAUGUCUGCAAAGACAGGCCUAUUCAUUAAUACCCAGUCAUGCAAUCAGUUUUUAUGUGAUAGUUUGCCUUUUUUUUUUAAUUUAAUUUGGUUCCUGUAGCACUGGAAAAGCCAUUGUGAAAACACACUUUUUUUUUUUCAUUGGCUCAGUUUCCUUAAUGUGAAAUGGACAAGUGCUGGUGAAUUAAAUCUCAUGUCAGAUCAGAUUUAUGGGGUUGCUGACAAACUUAGAAGAUUGAUAGGUAGAUGUCUUCCAAUUCUGUGUUGUUGGUAUUUGGAUUAUAGUUACUUUGUUUUUCCUGUGUUUAAAUUAUUUGGUCAAAUGAAAUGUGAAGAAAUUCUUUAAGGUCUGCAUAGUCAGGAUUUUAGUGUGUGUAAGAUGGGGACCUUUGAGAGAUAACUCAGGUGACAUGAAACCGCAACGUUCCAAUAAUGCAUAUAAUGUUUAAAAGGCCAUUGUUGUCCACUGCUGUGGAAGUGAAAGAACAUGUCUUUAUAUAAAAAGGCAAGUAAUCAAAUCUGUUUAUCAGGAGACAAACUGCUGAUUUAAAUACCCUCUUCAGAUGUCAAAAGGCAGGUAUGAUACGUGCUUCUCAAAAACAUUUCAACACUAGCUUACAGAUCAAUUUAUUGGAGGUUAUAUUUUACAUAUUGAAAAGUGUAGUUUUAUGUUAACUGUAUGUCUGUCUUGUUGAAUUUUUUUUUUCUUUAGUGGUUUCAAAUAACACCGUACUCUGUGUGUAUAUAUAAAUUUAAAAUAAUCCCUGUGGAAAGUAAAGGUUUGUUUUCUUUACUGUUCUCUGGAGAAUACAACAGCACUGGAUAACCAAAUACACCUUUAUUUCUUUUAUGCCUUAGUUAAAUCUUUUAGAAUUGAUAUUUAGGUAAUGUGUACCACACAAAGUGUGUGUGUUUUUUUUUUUUUUUCUUUUUCUUCCUAUCCGUAGGUUAAAGUAUUGCCUAACACAGGAAAAAUAGCUUAGCAAAUAUCUAUUUUUUUUAUUCCAGCUGAAUAAGUGCCUGCGAUGUGUCCUUACAGAUUUACACUACAGUGUACUGUAAAACACACCUGUUUGUGGUUAUACUAUGUACACUGAGAACCGUAAUAAAUGUAAAUACUUCUAAAAUAUGUCAGUUUUGUAUAUUUGAUUCUAAUAAUGUUUGAAGAUGUAAGGGUCUAUUCAAGAAUGGGUCUAAUUAAAGGAUUGAUGUUCAUAAACUUGACAUUUCUAUUCUGGUAGAAAAUAUUGAGCAUUUAGUUUUUGAUUGUUUAUAAUUUAGAGGAAAGAUGUUUGAGCCAGCUUGGGCUCUUUAUUGAAACAUCAUGAAACCUAGUUGUGCAACAAGUUUUAUUAUUAUUUUUCGAGCAAUAUGUAUAGUGUAACACUCAGUAUGUAUGGUAUCGUUGCUCGUUGAGCUUCUACAGCAGAUAUUUUGUGCUGAAGUUCAAGGAGAAAUGCUUUGCAUCACAGAGGUGGGGACUCAUAUUUUAUCAUUCCAUCAGACAAACUUUCUGAUGUACAAUUACGUAAGCUUUGUCCCUUGUACGUGACCCAGUUCUUCUGUAUGACACCAUAAUGAAGUUCUAUUGGAAAGUACAUAUCCACUAUUGUCGAUUAUUUAAAAACAAGCUUCCUCUUGAAUAGAGGAUUCUGAAUGAUCGUUCGUCUCAUAUGUUUUGCAUUCACUGCAGGAGGUUGUCCCAGUAAGGACAGCUUGCUAAUGCGAAUGAAAACUGUAUGCUACAGUCAUUCAGUAUUCUGUUUAUACUACAGCUAUAUUUUAUAAAUAAAUAGCAAUACAAUUUGUAAUGUUUUAAUAUUAAAUCAACUAAUUCAGGGAUUAGUUUACCUGGCAGAUUUUUCUAUUUUCAACAGACUAUGCUCAGACGUGGAUUAAUGUCAAACCCUGUUUAUGGCCUCUUCACAAUGUUCUUCGAUAGAACCUCAGGCAUUCAGUUUCAGCAGCACACCACUGGAAUGGAAUGUAAGCAAAGACACAUUCGAAACUAGUCCUGGUAAGCAUGUUAUUCCUUUAAGUGGAAUAACAAAAAUGUGUCCCAUGAUAGAUAUAUCCAAGCUUGUGGUAGAAUAUAAUAUAAAACAUAUUUAUUUAAAGUGAACAGGGCAAUAAUGAAAUCACAUGCCACUUUGUACAGUAAUACUGCAACAGAAAAAACAAACCA